UUCCCGAGCACCGUGGGCGGGACGGACUGCACGGAGACUGCCCCCUCAGGAAACGGGUGAGGGGAAAGGAGGCCAUCACUUUGGGUUGUUCUCUGCAGAAUAACAAGCUCUGUGUCAGGUCUGGGCAGGUGACAGUGACUUGUACGGUGGCAGACAAGCCAUGCCAUAGGGAAGCAGCUGCUUUCGUCCCGGGCCCUGCCUGCACAGGGGUGAUAGUCACACAGUUCAUUCUGAACUGUCUGCACAUGGGCAGUGAGCUCAGGGCAGGGGUGGCCUUCUGAGGUUCCCACAGUCGUGUGCCAGCUAAAAUCCCACCAGAGGCGGCCAGGUUUCCUAGGGACAGCGUGACACUGGAACUCCGGCUCACAAUCUCAGACCUUCCACCCUUCCAAAGGAAGAUGUGUUUGUCUUUUCCGAUGGUGGGUUUUGGUUCGGGCAGAAGCUAGCUGCCUCUUCUCUUAAAUACACCUCUUUUUAAAAUAUACGAAGAUAUUUUGAAACCCCAUGGGUUCUGGAGAAGGCUCAGAACUUCAAAGGCCUUUCCCUCCGCACACAGCCUGGGAGACCACAGGGCAGGACCUCAAAUUAGAGCCGCCGGGUGGGGCCAUGUCAGGUUGCCCUGGGUGGCGUGUUCUGUUUAAUUCACAGCCCUCCCAGCUGCGCGGUCUCUCCUUUAUUAUAUGUGACAACACUACAAUUCCCCACCACACGUCUGAGACUUUUUAAAUAACUCGUUGUUGUCCCUGUUAACAUCCCCUGAGAGUUGAAGCUGAGUUCUGCACAUCAGAAGCUGCUUGUAAACAGCCAAAAUGAUGUUACCAGAAUAGCCCCAACCUCAAGUAUGAGGUGGUGCCGCUAAAAGCAAUGAGUAUUGUUUUAAAUUUACAUUAGAGACACUCCUGUUCCCAGACAGACUUAGUUUUAACCACACGGGGGCAUCGUGCACCCUCCGAUGAGCUCAGGUCUCGUGUUUCUGGGUCUCCAAAUGGGUCUCAGCCUCUCCAAGUGGGCUCGCCCACGGAGAUCUUGACGUGUGAGUUACACCUGUCCAUCAGGCACCAGGCACCAUGCUCUGUGUCAGGCCCUGACGUCUGUGAUCCUGCUCAUUCUCAUGACCACCCACUGAGGUUUUUUUCCAACAAGGAAACUGACUCAAUAGGUAGACAGACUCAAGCCGGCUCACCUGGGCUGGGUGACCCCAAAGCGCAUGCUUCUCCCGCCUCGUUUCCUUCUGGCGGAACAUACCGGGGAUUCUACCGCACAUCAGGGGCUCACCUGUGCCCUGAGCAUUUGCAUGCAGAAGCUGAGCCAACAGGAUGAGCCCAAUCCAUUCAUUUGGCCAACUCACCACCACACACCACGGCCCUCACCUGGCUGUGCAUCAGAGCCCUCAGGGCGGGGGCGGGGCACUGGUGUUUUUAAAAGCUCCCAGGAGUCUCCAAUGUGCCAGCCGCAUAGUAGGUCCUCACUCAUGGGUGGGACCCACCAUGAAGCGCUGUGCACGUUGCAAAGCAGUUUGUUAAAUUAUUUUGAUGGAGGCUCAGUUUUGUGAGAAGAUGUCAGUCACUUCUCAUCACCAAAGAGCUCUUGAAUCCCUUCCUUUCCACCCCUCCCACCACUUCCCCACAUCUGCCUUAGCGUUGGAGUCAGACAGGUUGAGUUCAAAUGUUGGCUACCAGUGUGUGACCUUGAACAAGAGCGUUCAGCCGCCCAAGCCUCAGUUUAUUCAUCUGUAAACUGGGAAUGAUAAUAGUGCCUACCCGGUCAGGGUGACGUGAGGAAUAAAUGAGAUCAUGCACAUAGAGCAUGUGGCACAUAAAAAGAGUGCAUCUUUGUUUCGGCCGUUGUCAUGAUUCUGAUAAACUUCAGCCCUGACUGUACCAGGCACAGUUGCUGGGACCUCAUGUACUCCUCACAGAAAUCUUAACACUAUGAUUAUCUCAUUUUACACAUGAAGACACAAAAAGGUUAAGUGGUGUGUCCAAGAUCACACAGCAGGGAAGUGGUGGGGGCAGGAUUCUAGGCCAAGGCUGCCACUGCAUUCUCUACUGCUAUUAUCAUUAUUACUAGAGGCCCAGUGCACGGAAUUCAUGCACGGGUAGGGUCCCUAGGCCUGGCCAGCAAUCAAGGCCAGCCAGGGCCUUCCUUCGUUCCACACCACCCCCUGGUGGUUGGCGCAUGUCAUAGCGAGCGAUCGAACUCACGGUCUCCCAGUCGAACUCCCGAGGGGACACUUUGCAUAUUAGCCUUUUAUAUAGAGAGAUAUUAGCAUUGGCAUAAUUACCAUUACUGAUAGUAGCUAUUGCUACCAUCCCCAUUAUUGUUACUAGUAGUAGUGCUGUCAUUACUAUUUUUUAAAUACUGUAGCCUCUAGACCAGUGGUUCUCAACCUUCUGGCCCUUUAAAACGGUUCCUCAUGUUGUGACCCACAACCAUAAAAUUAUUUUCGUUGCUACUUCACAACUGUAAUGUUGCUACUGUUAUGAAUCGUCAUGUAAAUAUCUGAUAUGCAGGAUGGUCUUAGGCGACCCCUGUGAAAGGGUCGUUUGACCGCCAAAGGGGUCGCGACCCACAGGUUGAGAACUGCUGCUCUAACCUAACAACCUAUGUUGUGUGCCGAGGGACCAGCCUCACAGCAAGGCCUCCGAAAGUAAGCAGAGCGGUCUCGCUGCACCCAAGCAGGAGACACGCCCAUGUGACUUCUGUCACAUACCACUUGACAGGCCAGCUCACUCCACAUUGCUUGGCCAACCACCCGGCACAGCUAUUCCCCAGGGCCAGCCUCAAACACCACGGCACCAGCCCCGCCCAGCUAUCUUUGGAAAUGUCAUGUUAGACACUUCCACCCCUGGCUUCACUUCAGAGAAGCCCAGUUCUCAGAAUAACUCGAAAGCCCUCCACCCCCAGUGCGGACAACCCUUACUGCCUGGAGCUACGGGGCCAAAGAGCUUCCGCGGGCCUCCCUUCCUGGCCCUGGGGCCUCGGGCCAAUGGGUCAAAGGGCUGGGCUGGACCUCCCUCUGCCCAAACACUACGUGCCACCCUGUGUCACUGGCCCCUUUUGAGCAGGACCUCAGGACAUUAGGGAACAACCUUGGAUGGGGACUUGGGGGCUUGGGUUCUGGUCCCAGCUCUGCCAUGAUUUCUGCAUGUGACCUUAAGCAGAUACUUAACUUCUUUGAGCCUCAGUUUCCGUUUCUGUAAAAUUGGCAGAAAACUAGCUCCUAAGGCAUAGAACUGUUGUGAGGAUUAAAUUAUCAAAUGUCUAGCAAAACAAAACAAAAAAAACAGUGCCAGGCAUGUGGUAAGUGCAUGCUAACUGUUAGCUAUCAUCGCCAUCAUCAUAAUGCCAUCAUUGUCAUCAACAUCACCACUAUCCCCAUUAUUACCACCAUUAUCAUCGCCAUCACCACCAUCAUCACCAUAAUCCUCCUCAAUACUGUCAUGGUUGUCAUUGUCAACAUCAUCACCACCACCACCAUCAUCACCACCAUCAUCAUCAGUAUCCAUCACCGUCACUAUCAUCAUCACAAUCAUAAUUCCAUCAUGGUCAUGGUCAUCAUCAUCAACAUCACCACCAUCCCCAUCAUUACCACCAUCACCACUAUCAUCAUCAUCUCUAUCAUCACCACCAUCAUUAUCACCAUCAUCAUCACCAUCACUAAGACCACCAUUUUCACCACCAUCACCACCAUAACCCUCCUCAAUACUGUCAUGGUUGUCAUUGUCAUCAUCAUCACCACCAGCAUCAUCACCACCACCAUCACUACUAUCAUCAUCACUAUAACCACCACCAUCAAUGUCAUCAUCAUCAUCACCAAUAUCAGCAGUAGCAGCAACACUGUCACCAUCAUAGUCAUCACCAUCAUUAUUAUCACCAUCAUUGUUACAGGUCAGAUUCCUCAGGAAGCCAACUCUGAGAUGGAAAUUAGCACACAAGGUGUUUAUUGGGAAGUGUCCCUGAGAUCAAAGCCUGUGGAAAGGGCAGUUAAAUAACAUAGAAUUAGGCAAAGGGAGGCGAUGGGCAGCAGUGUAGCCCUAGUAAGAGUCUCCAUUGACCCCAUGGGGAGCUUCAAAUCUGAUGGCUCCUAAGAGUUGUCCAUGGUACCCUGACUGAUUUGGCUCAGUGGAUAGAGCGUCGGCCUGCAGACUGAAGGGUCCCAGGUUCGAUUCCGGUCAAGGGCAUGUACCUUGGUUGCAGGGCACAUCCCCAGUAGGGGGUGUGCAGGAGGCAGCUGAUCGAUGUUUCUCUCUCAUCGAUGCUUCUAACUCUCUAUCCCUCUCCCUUCCUCUCUGUGGAAAAUCAAUAAAAUAUAUUAAAAA